UUGACCUUCUUAGACAGCAGGGCUGUUCCUCCCAGACCAACGCCCUUCACGCCGAUGAUCAUUGUGCCACUUUCCCCUGAGACGAGGAGUUGGCUUCAGGUUCCUACAGGAAGAUGCUUUUCCCUCGCUAACCUCCUCCCCACCUCCACUUUGCUCUGCAGGCAGCUCUGCCCAUUCUCUAAGCCUGGCUUAGAAGGCUUAGGGAAUGUCCUGUAGAGAGAAUCCUAGAUGAACCAAGCAAGUGUGAGAGACACCUAAGGAAAAUGGAAGACCUAAGGCAGAAAGGAAGGAAGCAAAAAAGACAAACAUCAGGCCCAUAAACAACCUCCCAAGGGCUAUUACUUCAUUACACUGGAAUUUUACUUUAUCAGAAGUACCUUGAAAUAAUGAGUCAUUGCCUUGGGCUUGGAAAACUAAAUGGGAAACCAUAUUAAUUGGGGCCUGAUUAAUUUGAGAUUUAUUGACCACGGACAAAAGUUUAUCUUUGCACAAUCAAUAAAAUGGCAUUUGUUUAGUAAAUUAAGAGCAUAAACAAUAUUGCUAGGGUGGCAUAUGUAGUCUCCUAAAACAAUACUUUUGGGGCACUUUAGGAAUAUCCAUUUAGAAAUAGUGAAUGCAUGGGCUAAUUGUCAUCAGUUCUUAUGUAUUUGUUAAGAAACAUCUACAAGACCUUUACUUGGUGACCUUUUGUAAGACAUUAGUUUGAGGCACUACGUAUGUACUUGAAAAUAAUAAAGUUGCAUUUCUUUGUGAGAGAAGAAAUCCCUUCCAUAAUUCAGAUUUCUGUCUUUAAUACUUGCCUCCCUCCCAAACUGUGGUAUUGAAAUGUGUGCUGUGGCAAGAUUUGGCUUGCAGAGGAAACAAUAAAGAGAGGGCAGGGGAUAAGGACAGGAGGGAAACAAUCUGGGAACAGAUGAUGUCAGUGGAGCAAGAGAGAGGGGAAGAAAUCAGGUUGCAAAACAACCUAGACGAAAAUACAGUGGGGUCUUCCUUCCUCACAGGUGAACCCACCCCAAAAACCAUAAAGGUUUUUCUAGGACAGGGAAGAGCCCAUGAAUCUAUGGGCCCAAACCCUCAGGGCCACUUCUGCUUUUUUCUGUGCCGGACCAAAAUCAGACCACUCUCAACAUGAGCAGGGAUCUUAUGAUCUACAUUAAACACAAAGGCUGGGAGAAAAUAUUUGUAAUGUAUAUGACAAGGCAUUGGAACCCCUUCAAACACAUCAAUAAGGAAAAGAAAACAAUGGAAAAUUGGGCAAACGAUAAGAACAACAAUUCAGAAAAAGGAAAAUGAAGUCCAGAAAGCCAAUAAAUAUAAGAAAAAAAUGCUACCUAGACAAUAAAGAAAUGCAAAUUAAAACUGUAAGAUACCAAAUUUCACCAAUUCUAAUAGCAAAAGUGAAAACGAUCAAGGUCAUCCAAUAUAAUCAAAGGUGUGGGGAGUGGACAUUUUUGCAUCUUGUUGCUGGGAUAUGGAUAAGAAGAGCUCUUUUGAAGAGCAAUCUGGUAGAACAUUUUAAGAUUUUAAAUAAGAGUAUCUUAUGAUUCAGCAACAGGAAUCGAUUCUACAUAAAUUGAAGCUCAAGGGCCGAAAGGUACUAUAUAUAAGGAUGCCACUGCAGCAGUGCUUUCAGUGGUUAAAAAAAAAAAGGAAAUAUCCUGUAAAUCCAUCCGUAGUGAGAAUAAUUGAAUAGACCGCUGUCAAUACAGAAUAUGGCAUGCCUUGUGGCCAUCAAAAAGCAAAUCUUUACAUAAAUGAAAGGGGAGCUGAAUGAUUCUGCAAAAGUUGAUCUGGGGCAGCCAUAUCCAGGGAAAGCCAUGGGGCUUGGAGGGAGAAAAGGGCCCGUGACACCUCAUGAGCAGAAUCCAAGCCCAAGACCUAAGGGUCCUAAAAUGAGUAAAAGAAAGAUGAAGAGGAAAAAAAAGAGAGAGAUGGAGGAUCUGAAGAAGGAAGUGGUCCUGGAUGAUCACAAAUUAACCUUGGACGAGCUGAGCACCAAAUAUUCUGUGGACCUAACCAAGGGCCAUAGCCCUGAAGAGGCACAGGAAAUCCUGGCUCGAGAUGGACCCAAUACACUUAGCCCACCCCCUACCACUCCAGAAUGGGUUAAAUUCUGUAAACAACUGUUUGGCGGCUUUUCCCUCCUACUGUGGACUGGUGCCAGUCUCUGCUUCGUGGCCUAUGGCAUCCAGUUAUACUUCCAUGAGGACCCUACCAGAGAUAAUCUGUACCUCGGCAUUGUACCAACAGUCGUGGUUAUCAUCACCGGCUGCUUCUCCUAUUAUCAGGAGGCCAAGAGCUCCAAGAUCAUGGAAUCUUUUAAGAGCAUGGUACCUCAGCAAGCUCUGGUAAUCCGAGGCGGAGAGAAGAUUCAGAUCCCUGUACAAGACGUGGUGGUAGGAGACCUGGUAGAAGUGAAGGGGGGAGACCAGAUCCCUGCUGACAUCCGGCUUAUCUUUUCACAAGGAUGUAAGGUGGACAACUCAUCCUUGACAGGAGAGUCAGAGCCCCAAUCCCGCUCCUCUGAUUUCACCAAUGAGAACCCUCUGGAGACCCAAAAUAUCUGCUUCUUCUCCACCAACUGUGUGGAAGGGACAGCCCGGGGCAUCAUGAUUGCCACAGGAGACUCCACGGUGAUGGGCCGAAUUGCCUCGCUGACCUCCGGCCUGGCAGUGGGCCAGACCUCCAUUGCUGUGGAGAUCGAACACUUCAUCCAUCUGAUCACAGCAGUGGCCGUCUUCCUAGGUGUCACUUUCUUUGGGCUCUCGCUUAUCUUGGGCUACACCUGGCUGGAGGCUGUUAUUUUUCUUAUUGGCAUCAUUGUGGCCAACGUGCCUGAGGGGCUGCUGGCCACCGUCACUGUGUGUCUGACCCUGACAGCCAAGCGCAUGGCUCGGAAGAACCGCCUGGUGAAGAACCUGGAGGCGGUGGAGACGCUGGGCUCCACCUCCACCAUCUGCUCCGACAAGACGGGCACCCUCACCCAGAACCGCAUGACCGUCGCCCACCUGUGGUUCGACAGGACCAUCUAUGAGGCUGACGCCAGCGAAGAACAGACUGGGAAUUCAUUUGCCGAGGGCUCUGAUACCUGGUUUAUCCUGGCCCGAAUCGCUGGCCUCUGCAACCGGGCUGAUUUUAAGGCUAAUCAGGAGUACCUUCCCAUAGCUAAGCGGGCAACAGCAGGAGAUGCUUCUGAGUCAGCCCUCCUCAAGUUCAUGGAGCAGUCUUACAGCUCUGUGAAGGAGAUGAGAGAGAAAAGCCCCAAGGUGGCAGAAAUUCCCUUUAAUUCUACCAACAAGUACCAGAUGUCCAUCCACCUUCGGGAGGACGGCUCCCAGACCCAGGUACUGAUGAUGAAGGGGGCGCCUGAGAGGAUCUUGGAGUUUUGCUCUACUUACCUUCUGAAAGAGCAGGAGUACCCAAUGGAUGAUGAAAUGAAGGAAGCCUUCUAGAAUGCCUACUUGGAACUGGGAGGUCUGGGGGAACGCGUGCUAGGGUUCUGCUUCUUGAAUCUGCCGAACACUUACUCCAAGGGAUUCAAGUUUAACACCGAUGAAAUCAAUUUUCCCAUGGAUAACCUUUGUUUCGUGGGGCUCAUCUCCAUGAUUGACCCUCCCCGAGCUGCAGUGCCUGAUGCCUUGGGCAAGUGUCGGAGUGCCGGGAUUAAGAUGGGUCUGACCUGGGGGAAGAGAGUCCAAGGGAACAAGAGGGCAGCUGGCAAGACUGCGUGGGAACACCAGAGGUACAGUCAGCACCGAGAAGUUGGAAAUGAAAUUCCUUUAGUACUUGACAAAUUCCAGAAACUACUAGAUGCUCUUUACUUCAAAGGGAGCCAUUCUUUGUAGAACUGCGCUUCUAUUGUAUGUAUGCAUCUCAAUGUUCUGUGAAAUCGUGUCCUAGGAACUCAGUCUUGGGGUGACUGAUUUUGUUUUUAUUUCUCCGGCCUGGCAUGGAGGUGAUACUUCCAGAAACUACUGCAGAUCGGCCCAUCUGAGUGGUCAAGCUGGGCUAGCUACCACACGUGUCCUACAGGUCAUUAUUGAUGAACCAGUAGGAAACGUUCAGGGCACGGUAAGCCUGGAAAGGCAUCACUGAGGGCUCAAUCUGAACCACCUCUGGAAUCUUCUAAUCUUCUGUGCAGUUCCCUCUCAGAUCCUCACCAGUUACCUCGUGCCCCACAGGCCGGGCUUGGUGAGGCCCCAGUGCCCCACAACCAAGCCAGGGCACUUGAAACCAGUGAUGUGGGUAACUGCUCACAGCACACCUUUCCUGAGCCUCUGGUAAUCCCAGAUUAGUUAGCACUGCUUCCAGCAAGCCUGCUGUGCCAGUGUGGAAUGAGGAGGACUCAUGGGAAAACUCCUUCAAGGCUCAUUUCCAUGCUCUGGAAGUAAACAGACUGACCUUUCCAGGACCUCUGUUCUUAGUUCAGCCACAGUCAGAUAGUUCCCUUCUCCCUCCCACCAGAGCCUGAGAAUUAUGUGCUUGGAGGGCACUUGGGAACCAUGGGCAGUGGUUCCCAGGAAGCGAUCCUUCCUUCAUUCUGUAAUUGCUUGUUGAUGGAUUACUAUGUGCUAGGAAUUAUGCUAGGGCUGGAAACUUAACAAGGAAUCAUAGGCACAGCCCCACUCUCUCCAGCAGGGGAGAGAGACAGACAAGCCAUCACACAGAGAUGUGAGGAGGACUAAAAGAACAGAAGGCUAGAAGAGCACAGAGCACGAGCACUGAUCUUUGGGGAGGAAAGGGACAGGACUAGGGCUGGCCCCAGGUAUCCAGAAAAGGGCUGGAAUCCAGGGGCACAAGGAGGCAGUGGGAAGAAGAGAAGGUAGACGGAGGAUCGAAAUGAACGAGGGCCUAGAUGAAAUCUUGCUAGGCAGAUGGAUUAUUCCAGACGUUCCUUUAUUACCACUGUUCUGCGGGUAGGUGUUUCUGUCUUUGAGCUUCAAGAGGCAAAAUAGCUUCUGGAGCAAUUAAAUGAAAUUCUGAAUACAAUAAAUACACCCAAAUCCCUGAUUUAUUCCUGGGAAAACUAGAGCUCAAAUUGUCCUAUGUUUUAUGGUCUGAUGGCCCUGACCCACUCCCAUGGGUUGAAGCCACCGUAGCAAGAUUUUUGAUUGACAGCACAAGUUCUUGGGAAUGAGCUACUUAAACCCCUGUGGAAUGAUAUCAGUGAUCUGUUAGUUCUUAGAGAGAGAGGUGAAGGACCCGAGACCUCCCUGAAGAUGAUUCUGCUCCUUUUCCCU